AUGGACCCCCUAAGGUACAUCGUUCUCCAACCUAUGCCGAUAGGGAAGCUAGCCAAAUGGCAUAUGCUAUUGAGUGAGUUCGACAUCCGAAACGUCGCACAAAAAGCAGUUAAGAGGCAAGCAUUAGCAGAUUUACUGGUAGGAAGCCCAGUGGAUGACAACCCCGUACAUUUGUGGACUUACUUCCAAAAUGAAAAAGUGAUAAAAAUUGAGGGCGAAGAAAAUGAAGAUAAAUUAGGCUGGAAAGUAUACUUUAAUGGAGCGGUCAACUCUAAGAGAUCAGGAAUCGGAGCUGUUUUGGUUUUGGAGUCAGGCCAAUAUUAUCCAGUGGCCACCAUGUUGAACUUCCGCUGCACCAAUAAUAUGGCGGAAUACGAAGCUUUCAUCAUAGGUCUUCGUUUAUCCCUUGACAUGGACGUGCGAAAACUUCAGGUAAUUGGCGACUCGAAUUUGUUGAUUCAUCAGGUUCGAGGAGAACGGGCCACCAAAAAUGAAACGAUCAUACCAUGUAUUGGACUUGUACAAAUAUUAGCGGAUCGAUUUCAAGAAGUCAAGUUCAAACAUAUACCAAGAGCCCAGAAUGAGUUUACGGAUGUAUUGGCGACUAUAACAUCCAUGAUUCAGUAUCCUGAUAGUAAAUACAUUGAUCCUGUCAGAGUCGAAAUCAGAGAUCAACCAGCUCACUAUGCUUUUAUAGAAGCAUAUAUUGAUGGAAAACCCUGGACCCCAGUUUUGGGUUUUCUCAGAUGUGUUGACUCUGUUGAAGCCACAAGAUUGAUCGAAGAAGUGCAUGUUGGAACUUGCGGGCCUCAUAUAAAUGGGUUCAUCCUAGCAAAGAAAAUCUUAAGGACAGGUUAUUACUGGAUGACCAUGGAGAACGAUUGUAGCAAAUCCAUCCAGAAAUGCCACAAGUGUCAAAUUCAUGGAGACUUGAUAAAGGUCCCUGCAACAGAGCUGAUUACUAUGACAUCGCCUUGGCCAUUCGCCGCUUGGGGCAUAGAUGUCAUAGGACCAAUUGAACUGGCUGCGUCAGACAAACACUGUUUUAUUUUUGUCGCCAUAGACUACUUCACCAAGUGGAUGGAAGUGGAAUCUUAUGUGUCAGUAACAAAGAAAGUGAUGGCGGAUUUUGUGCGCAACAACAUCGUAUGCCGAUUUGGCAUCCUAUAA